AUGCGGCCAUUGUUUCUCUCGCUCCUACUAAGAAGCCAACUGACCCAAUUGAUAUAUUAUCGAAUAGAUAUUUGAAAAACACCUUGAGGAUUGAUUAUAAAAAACGUUUGCCAUGUUUCUGUUGAUAUUAUGGAUCUAAUUUGGAAUAUUUUUCAGCGUUGUCGUGACCGCAGUUUCCGGUAGAUUUCUCAAUCAAACGUGAAGAACAAAAGGAGGUAUUUCGGCUAUAAAAAUAAUCUUUAUGAAACAAAAUGAACAUUUGCUGUCUAACUGGGAGUCUCGUCAGUGAAAACAUCCGAAGAUCAUCAAAGAGAUUGGACAUUGGAGAGUAAUAUGCUAGGGAGCGGUGGAUGGUGUGCUUGCCUUCUGAGUCUGACCAGUAGGACGCUCCGUCUGUCUCUCCUGCGGCGACCAUGUUGUUUUGGGUCGGCCUCUGGGAUCAGAUCCAAUGUCCAGGGUGGAGGUCCGAACAAAGGAUCCACUUCGGCAAAGAUUCCUGGUUGUAAUGUUGAAUCACCCACCACAACAGGACCAAGCGGCGUGGUGACAGGCAGCGGCAGCAGGAGCAGCGAAAAGAGGAAUGGACAUGGGAGGACGUUUUGGACGGCAAGAGUAUGGACUAUACAACUUGGGAGGAAAUAGACAGGUGGGCGGUCGACCCAGGAAGAGUCCCGGAGCCCGCCUGGGAUUCGCUGGAGCAGUGCGAAGAGGGGUAUAGGAGAAUGGAGUUGGAGAGACAAGCACGGCGGCACAGCAGGAAGCCCGAGAGUCAGCCCCAAAUAUUUCUUGGGGAGGGGCACACAGGAAGUGUGGCGAAGCCAGGUCGGAGACCUGCGCCAAAUUCCUGUGCUUACCGGGGGGCGAGAGAGACCGGGCAGGCACCGUGUUAUGUGUCCCCAGUGCGGGUGCAUAGCCCGGUGCGCCCAUCUGCCCAGCGCCGCCUGAGCCGCCCGUCUCCCCAGCGCCCCCUGAGCCGCCCGUCUCCCCAGCGCCGCCAGUGCCGCCAGUCUGCAAGGAGCUGCCAGUGCCGCCAGUCUGCAAGGAGCCGCAAGUGCCGCCAGUCUGCAAGGAGCCGCCAGUGCCGCCAGUCUGCAAGGAGCCGCCAGUGCCACCAGUCUGCAAGGAGCCGCCAGGGCCACCAGUCUGCAAGGAGCCGCAAGUGCCGCCAGUCUGCAAGGAGCCGCCAGUGCCGCCAGUCAGCCAGGGGCCGCCAGUGCCGCCAGUCAGCCAGGGGCCGCCAGUGCCGCCAGUCAGCCAGGGGCCGCCAGUGCCGCCAGUCAGCCAGGGUCCGCCAGUGCCGCCAGUGCCGCCAGUGCCGCCAGUCAGCCCAGAGGCGCCAGAGCCCCUCAGCCCAAAGCCCUUGCCCCUCUGUCCCGAGCUGCCCCUCUGUCCUGAGCUGCCUGUCUGUCCCGAGCUGCCCCUCAGUCCAGUGGGGUCAUUUAGUAAGGUCACCGUGGUUAGGAGGCCAUGGAAGCGGACAAGAAGGUGGACUAAGACGUUGGUGAAGUUGGGUCCGCGUCCUGUGCCAGAGCCGCCACCGCGGACAGACGCCCACCCAGAC